UGUGUGCGUUUAUUGCCAAAUUAUAGCCACUGCGGACUGUGAGUCCGCGCGCGAGCGUUCAAUUUAAAUAUUUUUAUGCGUUUUUUUUGUUAAACUUGUUGUGCAAUGAUGGCGUGCUCCUGUAGUCGAGAGGAGGCUCGUUUGCAAAAGCUCAUGCAAGAAUGUUUGGGAGAAGAUGAUGAGGAGCCAAAGAGUGAUUUUGAGGACCAAAAAGAUGAUGGAGAAGAAGACAAUUUAGAAAGGCAAGAUUUGGAUAGUGAUACCGAACAAGAAACUUCGGAGACAGAAGCCACUGAUGAAGUCGCUAGGGGAAAUUACCCUGUGUUUAUUGGCAAAGAUGGAACUGAGUGGGCCAAACAUAUGACGAAAAGAAAUGUGAAAACCAGGGCGGAGAACUUGAUAAAGCAUCUUCCAGGGGUAAAAAGACCUGCGAAAAACCUAAAAAGAGAAAUUGACAUUUGGAAGCUUUUUUUUACAGACGAAGUACUGAAUUCGAUAGUCGAAAAUACAAACAGACAUAUUGCCAUGAGUAGAGGUAAUUACCAACGUAAAAGAGAUGCAAAAGACACGGACAUAUUAGAAAUACACGCACUGAUUGGAUUGCUUUAUUUAUCUGGGGUAUUGAAAUCUAAUCGACUUAAUAUUGAGGAAAUAUGGACACAGAAUGGUACUGGCUGAGCUUUUUCGACUAACGAUGUUCCAAUUUCGAUUUCGAUUUCUGCUAGAUCAUUUACGUUUUGAUGAUUUGGCAACUAGAGCCGAACGAAAACAGACUGAAAAGCUAGCCGCCAUCCAGACAGUGUUUGAUACAGUUGUUGGUAACUUUGAUUCAGCCUAUAUACACUUUUUGAAUGGCUAACAAUAGACGAGAUGCUAGAAGCAUUUCGGGGGCGUUGCAACUUUAGGCAGUAUAUUCCUAGCAAACCCAAUAAAUAUGGGCGAAAAAUAUUUGCUAUGGUAAACGCCAAGACUUUCUACACCUGCAACUACCUGCUUUCUACACCUGAUCCAUUCCAAGCGAGUAAAUCUCCCACUGCAGUAGUGCAGAGAUUGUGCCAAUCAAUAAAAGGAACUUGUCGUAAUAUUACAGACAACUGAUUUACCAGUAUGGAGCUACUCAAUUCCCUUCAGUCCAUUUCAAGCUAACUUUAUUAGGUACAGUUAGAAAAAACAAAAGGGAAUUGCCACCUGAAUUUUCGAAUCCUUUGGGUCGUCCACUUUUAUCGUCCAUGUUCGCCUUUCGUCAUAACUGUACUUUAGUAUCAUAUACACCAAAAAAGAAAAAAAACGUGCUGCUUUUAUCAAGUAUGCAUUUUGACGAUAAAAUAGAUGCUUUUACUGGAAAACCAGAUAUGAUAUUGGACUACAACUCAUCUAAAGGAGGUGUUGACUGUGUGGACAAGCUAUUUGCGUCUUAUAACUGUGCACGUAAUACAAGAAGAUGGCCCAUGGUUGUGUUCUAUUCGUUACUCAA